AUGCCAUUUAAUGCUCCUGAAUUAAAUUUACGUGAUAUUGAAGAAGAUAUACUACCCGAAGAAUUACCUAGUCCUUAUGAUUAUUUUCUUGAAUAUUUUGGAGACGCAGAUUUUGAAAAUAUGACUUAUUACACAAAUCUUUACGCGGUUCAAAACCAAAAAAAAAAACAAAUAUUCGCCGCUGGAACUAUAAGGACUAAUAGAUUUAUGAAUCCCCCAUUUCUGACCGAUAAACAAAUGAGAAAGCUAAAAAGAGGAAGCACGUUUGAAAUAACAACAAAUAUGUCUGGCUGUAACAUAGGACUUCUAAAAUGGUUUGACAACAAGGCCGUUUCUCUCGGAUCUAAUUUUGUUACUUCUGGGGAAACAGAUAAAGUAACUCGUUGGAAUAAAAAAAAUAAAAAUUAUGAAGAAGUCGAAAGACCCGAAGUUGUUCAGUUGUAUAACAAAUCAAUGGGAGGAGUAGACAAAAUGGACCAGCUUAUAAGUUUGUACAGAACAUUUAUUCGUUCAAAGAAGUGGACCCUUAGGAUGAUUUGUCACGUAUUCGACUUAGCAGCUGCAAAUAGUUGGUUACAGUAUAAGAAAGAUGCUGAAAGAUUUCAGGUACCGAAAAAAAAGCAACUCGAUUUGCUCAAUUUUAGAAUAAAUUUAGCCCAGGACCUUAUAAAUGUUGGAAAAACUGCUAGUCCUAGGAGAAGAGGAAGACCAGCAACAAAUGAAAAUGUGUGUACUAACCCUAAAUCCUUUAAAAUCAAAAAAUUUGAUUCAGAAAGACCUUCCAAUAAUAUUCGUAUGGACACAGUGGACCAUUUGGCUGAUUUUGACGACAAAAAAAUCGCAACAAGGUCGGCAAAACAAGAAGAUAUAUUAGAGGAUUCUGAUGUGAAAGAAAAUACGCCUAGUCAGUCAAAAUAA